AUGUCAUCCGUGCAGGAUGAAAUUACCCGGUUUGCUCGCAAACAUCCAAGAAGACUAGAGCUUCACACAAAUACAGCUGCCAUACAACUCCCCGACAACUCGCAAGAAAUCAGACGACUCAUACGACUGAAGCCAUUUGACUUGGUCUAA